CGGCCUCUCGGCGACGCUGGCAGGAGCGUUCCGGCACCAAGAAGGGCAGCGUUGCUGGUUCUGGUUGUUAGUGGGACUGCAGGCGAUAAGUGUAUAUGGAGCGCAGUUGUCAUCAGAAGCUUGCAGAGAGCUGGGCUUCUCCAGUAACUUGCUGUGCAGUUCUUGCAACCUUCUUGGACAGUUCAGUCUGAAUCAGUUGGAUCCGUUCUGCAGGCAGUGCUGUCAAGAAGAAGCUCAGUUGGAAACUAGAAAG